AUGACUUCAUCAUAUCACGGUGGAAGUGAGGAGAUGAGACGACUUAUUUUAUUUUUGUUUUCUCAUAGGGACUUAAGUCACAACAGAUUGUCUGUCAUCAAGGCAAGUUCCACGAGCCACCUUCAAAGCCUUCGAGAAGUGAAACUGAACAACAAUGAAUUGGAGACCAUUCCAAAUCUAGGACCUGUCUCAGCAAAUAUUACACUUCUCUCCUUAGCUGGAAACAGGAUUGCUGAAAUAUUACCUGAACAGCUGAAACACUUUCAGUCCCUGGAAACUUUGGACCUCGGCAACAAUAAUAUUUCAGAGCUUAAAACUGCAUUUCCACCUCUACAACUCAAAUAUCUGUACAUCCACAGCAACCGGAUCACAUCGAUGGAACCUGGGUGUUUUGAUAAUUUGGCCAACACACUCCUGGCGUUGAAGCUGAGCAGGAACCGGAUCUCAGCUAUCCCACCCAAGAUGUUCAAACUGCCCCAGCUGCAGCACCUCGAACUGAACCGAAACAAGAUAAAAACUGUAGAUGGGCUCACGUUCCAAGGGCUGGGAGCUUUGAAGUCUCUGAAAAUGCAAAGAAACGGAGUAACAAGACUUAUGGAUGGAGCUUUUUGGGGGCUGAGCAACAUGGAAAUCUUGCAGCUGGACCAUAACAACCUAACAGAGAUCACCAAAGGCUGGCUUUAUGGCUUGCUGAUGCUACAGGAACUUCAUCUCAGCCAGAAUGCCAUCAACAGGAUCAGCCCUGAUGCCUGGGAGUUCUGCCAAAAACUCAGUGAGCUGGACCUAACGUUCAAUCACUUGUCGAGGUUAGAUGAUUCAAGCUUCCUGGGCCUAAGCUUGCUAAAUACACUGCACAUUGGGAACAACAAAGUCAGCUACAUUGCUGAUUGUGCCUUCCGGGGGCUUUCCAGUUUAAAGACUUUGGAUCUGAAGAACAAUGAAAUUUCCUGGACUAUUGAGGACAUGAAUGGUGCUUUCUCUGGGCUUGACAAACUGCGGCGGCUAAUCCUCCAGGGAAACCGGAUUCGAUCUAUUACCAAAAAAGCCUUCACUGGUUUGGAUGCGUUGGAACAUCUAGACCUGAGUGACAAUGCAAUCAUGUCAUUACAAGGCAAUGCGUUUUCACAAAUGAAGAAACUUCAACAACUGCAUUUAAAUACAUCAAGCCUUUUGUGUGAUUGCCAACUGAAAUGGCUCCCUCAGUGGGUGGCGGAGAACAACUUUCAGAGCUUUGUAAAUGCCAGUUGUGCCCAUCCUCAGCUGCUGAAGGGAAGAAGCAUUUUUGCUGUUAGCCCAGAUGGCUUUGUGUGUGAUGAUUUCCCUAAACCCCAGAUCACGGUGCAGCCAGAAACACAAUCGGCAAUAAAAGGUUCCAAUUUGAGCUUUAUCUGCUCGGCUGCCAGCAGCAGUGAUUCCCCAAUGACUUUCGCUUGGAAAAAGGACAACGAACUACUGCCUGAUGCUGAAAUGGAAAACUAUGCACACCUCCGGGCCCAAGGUGGGGAGGUGAUGGAGUACACCACCAUUCUUCGGCUGCGCAACGUGGAAUUUACCAGCGAAGGGAAAUACCAGUGUGUCAUCUCCAAUCACUUUGGCUCAUCCUACUCCGUCAAAGCCAAGCUUACAGUAAACAUGCUCCCUUCUUUCACCAAGACGCCCAUGGACCUUACCAUCCGCGCAGGGGCCAUGGCGCGCUUGGAGUGCGCCGCCCUGGGGCACCCGGCCCCGCAGAUAGCCUGGCAGAAGGACGGGGGCACAGACUUCCCUGCUGCGAGGGAGAGGCGCAUGCACGUUAUGCCUGAGGACGACGUGUUCUUUAUCGUGGAUGUGAAGAUAGAGGACAUCGGGGUGUACAGCUGCACAGCCCAGAACAGCGCAGGAAGCAUUUCUGCCAACGCGACUUUGACUGUCCUAGAAACGCCAUCAUUUCUGCGGCCCCUGUUGGACCGAACUGUAACCAAGGGAGAAACAGCCGUCCUGCAGUGCAUCGCGGGCGGGAGCCCUCCUCCCAGGCUGAACUGGACCAAGGACGACAGCCCGUUGGUGGUCACGGAGAGGCACUUCUUCGCAGCGGGCAAUCAGCUGCUGAUCAUUGUGGACUCAGAUGUCAGCGAUGCUGGGAAAUACACCUGUGAGAUGUCUAACACGCUAGGCACUGAGAGAGGCCACGUGCGCCUCAGUGUGAUCCCUACUCCGACCUGCGACUCCCCGCAGAUGACUGCCUCAUCCUUAGACGAUGACGGGUGGGCCACUGUGGGCAUCGUGAUCAUAGCGGUGGUUUGCUGUGUGGUGGGCACGUCGCUUGUGUGGGUGGUCAUCAUCUACCACACAAGGCGGAGGAAUGAAGAUUGCAGCAUUACCAACACAGAUGAGACCAACUUGCCAGCAGAUAUCCCUAGUUAUUUGUCGUCUCAGGGAACGCUAGCUGACAGACAGGAUGGGUACGUCUCCUCAGAAAGCGGAAGCCACCACCAGUUCGUCACUUCCUCGGGGGGCGGAUUUUUCUUACCACAACACGACAGCAAUGGGACAUGUCACAUUGACAACAGCAGUGAAACCGACGUAGAAGCUGCCACAGAUCCAUUCCUGUGUCCCUUUCUGGGACCCCCAGGCCCUGUGUAUGUGAAGGGGAAUGUAUAUGGGCCGGAUCCCUUUGAAGCCUAUCACGCAGGUUGCAGCCCGGACCCUCGAGCUGCGUUAAUGGACCACUGUGAGGCCAGUUACAUAAAGAAAAAGGAGUGCUACCCGUGUCCUCAUCCUCCCGAAGAAUCCUGCGAACAGAGUGGCAGUGACACAGGCUGGCCCUCCCACGUGAGGAAGUUAAUCAACUCUACUUACUCUCCGCAUGAAGGACCUGGCCCGAAAAAUGUGUGUCCAAACAAGUCCUCUCUAGAUUUUAGUCCAAGUUCAGAGCCGGCAUCAGUUACCUCAAGUAAUUCAUUCCUGGGAACAUUUGGAAAGCCUCUGAGGAGACCUCACCUGGAUGUCUUUUCAAGCUUUGGACAGACGUCGGAUUGUCAGCCAAGAGCUUUUCACUUGAAAGCUCAUUCUUCCCCAGACUUGGACUCUGACUCAGAAGAAGAUGGGAAAGAAAGGACAGAUUUUCAGCAAGAAAAUCACACAUGUACCUAUAAACAGACCUUAGAAAACCACAGGACUCCAAAUUUUCAGUCUUAUGACUUGGACACAUAGACUGAAUGGGACCAAAGAGUUCUAAUAUACUACUACCUCAAGUGGACUUUUAUUUAAAAGAGAGAGAAUCCUAUGUUUUUAAAUGGAGUUAUGAAUUUUAAAAGGAUAAAAUGUCUUAUUUAUAUAGAUGGACCAAAAUUACCAAAAUUUAUAAAAAUUUUAUACUGGGAGUAACUUUCAUAUAAGAAUUUCUUUUUAAAGUAUUUUAUAACUUUGUUUUAUGCAACAACAAAAAAAAUCUUGUGUAAAUUAAGGGUAUAAAUCCAUGACUAUUUUAUGUAUUUUUAUAAUGCCGGAUUUCUUUUUAUUGAAAAUAAGUACUAAAGCAAUUUAAAUAAUACCUGUCUUGUACUUUUCUUGAAUAGAGGUCACUUCAUUUUACUUUGCACAUUACAUUUAAUAAAAUGUAUCAUUUUGA